AUGGAGUCCACCCGCCCACACACCCACGCGAUCCCGCACAGCUUCACGCUCUCGCGCUCCUCCUCCUCCUCGUCCUCCACCUCGUCCUCGUCCAUGGGCCCGUGCCACCGCUCGACAGCGUACGCGUCCAGCGGCGACGUGCGCGCCGCGCUCGACCACGCCGCGCCGAGCGAGAAGGCGUUCGCGUACUCUGUCAUCUUUAGCUACGUCGCCGAGGGCGCCGCGCGCAGGCGGUCAAGGGAGCAGGUGCGCGGCAAGCUUGACGCGCUUGAGCAAGUCAUGCCCCACUUUGCUGCAGCGUUCGACUCUGUCCGAGCCGAGUUUGGCCUCGACGCGCCGUCCGCCGACGCGCGCCUCGCCCGCACCGACGCAUGCAAGGCCCGCGACGCGGCCGACCGUGCCCGCCGCUCGCGCUCGUCGUCGCCCGCUGCUUCUCCUACAACAACGCCGGCGGCGCCCUGGGGAAGCGAGUACGAUGCCUCCCCUGCUGCGCCCCACUCGCCGCGCCUGUGGCAAUAG